UAGGAGGCCUCCUUCACAGUUGCUCCUCCUUCGCCAAGUACAGCUGGAUGACGGUUUCUGCCACGUCAGGUGUCUCACACGGUGUAGGAGGGGACACAAGCAUGGAAGCCGUGGCUCUCUACACGUUCCGGGCCACGGAGAGCGACGAGCUCAGCUUCCAGAAGGGAGACAUCCUGAAGAUAACCAACAUGGAAGACGACCCCAACUGGUACACUGCGGAGCUCAUGGGCAGGAGGGGCUUCGUUCCCAAGAACUACAUCAAUGUAAGACCUCACAUGUGGUUUGCCGGACGGAUUUCCAGGCAGGUGGCCGAGGGUCGCCUGCGCCACCGGGAGUGCGGUGCCUUCCUGGUCAGGGAGAGCGAGAGUGCCCCCGGGGAAUUCUCCUUGUCUGUAAGCAGCUACGGGGACCACGUGCAGCACUUCAAGGUCCUGAAGAAUCGGGCAGGUCAAUACUUCGUGUGGGAAGAGGUCUUCGACUCCCUCAACGAGCUGGUGGAGUACUACAAAACGACGAGCAUCGCCAAGGAGAGAACCGUCUUCCUGAGGGAUAGGGAGCGCUCGCUGGGGAGGGCCCGGCACGCCCACGCGCUGUUCGACUUCAACCCCCAGCAUGCUUCCCAGCUGCGGUUCUUGCGUGGCGAUGUCAUCGACCUGCUCGACUGCUCGGACCCCCAUCGCUGGAAAGGCCGAUGCCAUAGCCGAGUCGGAUACUUCCCCCCAGAAUACGUCCAGCCUAUUUACCACUGAAGCCCCCUCCUGCCCUCCCAGCCGCCGCCCUCGGACCUCCCAUCAUCAAAUGAGGAGCACCAGGCGUUGCGUCAGGGGAACGAGAGGCAUAUAGUGGGGGAUUCUUCCAGCAAACACCUAUAUACUGUGCAUCCCGAGUCCUUGCCAUAUCCACCAAGUGGUCCAUGUGAGAAGCACCUGAGAAUGGGCAACAGCAAACUAGAGCGCACAAGGGGACCGAGAAAAAAAGAGGCUGUAUGGUGAGGAUUGAAAGGGUAAAACGAUCAGAUAGGAACGAAGAGACUCCGUGUAAAGCGGUAGUAUUCUGACUGCGGCUCCGUCUGUUUCCUCGGCCGAACAGCGGUGUCACAGAGAACCGCAGUCCACAAAUAAGUAUUGUGCUAGAGAUAGCGGUCUAACAGUUUGGUUGCUUUUAUUAUGCACCUGUUAAUAAAAAAAAUGCACCUGUAUAUAAAAACAAAACACUGUGAAAAGCAUAACCUUCCCUAGAGUGGGGGAAAAAGAUGUUUCAGCAACACUAAAAAUUUGCCUGGAGACUGGAGCAGAAAAAAGGAGGAUUACGUGUAAUUGUUUCAGUUCCUCCGCUAAGUCACAGCCCUGCUGUCAUCUACUUAUGCUUUGAUUUCGAGAAGCGAAGAGACGACAGAAUCAAUGAGGAAAUGUUUUUAAAAAAAUCCCUUUAAAAAAACCAAACUAAUCAACAAGAGUUACUAAAUCACUUUUCAUUUCUGCUUAAACACUG